AUGCAUGUCCUUGCCCUCGUCACGGGCCUUGUUGGCGUUGCCAAUGCUGCCUGUCCUUAUAUGACUGGCGAGGCCGCCAAUCCUCACAUCCAGCGUCGCGCUGAUGGAGAUGCUGCUGCCAACACCGAAGAAUUCCUCUUCCCAAUUCUACCUCAACGACCAAGACGUCUACCUGACCUCCGACGUCGUCUCAGCGCAGGUGAGCGUGGAGCGACCCUGCUCGAGGAUUUCAUUUUCCGCCAGAAGAUCCAGCGCUUCGAUCAUGAACGAGUACCGGAACGCGCCGUUCACGCUCGAGGCGCCGGCGCCCACGGAACAUUCACCUCCUACGGUGACUGGUCCAACCUGACUGCCGCUUCUUUCCUUUCCGCCGAGGGCAAACAAACCCCAAUGUUCACGCGCUUCUCCACCGUCGCUGGUAGCCGCGGAAGCGCUGACACCGCGCGAGACGUCCACGGCUUCGCGACUCGCUUCUAUACUGAUGAAGGAAACUUUGAUAUUGUGGGAAACAAUGUUCCCGUUUUCUUCAUCCAGGAUGCCAUCCUGUUCCCGGAUCUCAUCCACGCCGUCAAGCCCCGCGGCGACAACGAGAUCCCCCAGGCUGCUACCGCGCACGACUCUGCUUGGGACUUCUUCAGUCAGCAACCUAGCACACUUCACACCCUUCUGUGGGCAAUGGCUGGCCACGGUAUUCCCCGUUCGUUCCGUCACGUUGAUGGAUUCGGUGUGCACACCUUCCGUCUGGUUACUGACGAUGGAAAGACCAAGCUUGUCAAGUUCCACUGGAAGGGACUGCAGGGCAAGGCCAGCUUCGUCUGGGAGGAGGCUCAGCAGACCGCUGGUAAGAAUGCAGACUUUAUGCGCCAGGAUCUUUUCGAAUCCAUUGAGGCUGGACGUUUCCCCGAGUGGGAGCUUGGUGUCCAAAUCAUGGAGGAAGAGGACCAGCUUCGGUUUGGAUUUGACCUCUUGGACCCUACCAAGAUUGUCCCCGAGGAACUUGUUCCUGUCACCAUCCUCGGCAAGAUGCAACUGAACCGCAACCCUAUGAACUACUUCGCUGAGACCGAGCAAGUCAUGUUCCAACCUGGCCACAUCGUCCGCGGCGUCGACUUCACCGAGGACCCCCUCCUCCAGGGCCGUCUCUUCUCCUACCUCGACACUCAACUCAACCGCCACGGUGGUCCCAACUUCGAGCAGCUCCCCAUCAACCGUCCCCGCGCACCAAUCCACAACAACAACCGUGACGGAGCAGCCAACCAAACCGUGGGCAAGGGCUUCUUCACCGCACCGGAGCGCACAGCAAGCGGCAAGCUCCAACGCACCCUCAGCACGACCUUCGAAGACAACUGGUCGCAGCCCCGCCUCUUCUGGAACUCCCUCGUCGACGCCGAGAAGCAAUUCAUCGUCGACGCGAUGCGCUUCGAGACCUCGAACGUGAAGAGCAGCGUCGUCCGCAACAACGUCAUCAUCCAACUAAACCGCAUCAGCAACGACCUCGCCACACGCGUCGCAAAGGCCAUUGGCGUCGAGGCCCCCAAGCCCGACUCCUCCUUCUACCACGACAACACGACCGCGCACAUCGGCGCCUUCGGACAGAAACUCGCCAAGCUGGACGGUCUCAAGGUUGGACUCCUUGCGUCGGUGGAUAAGCCUGCAUCUAUUGCGCAGGGCGCGAAGUUGCAGUCUGCUCUUUCUUCUGCGGGCGUUGACGUCGUCGUCGUUGCGGAGAGAAUGGCCGAUGAUGUUGAUCAGACUUACUCUGCUUCUGACGCCGUGCAGUUCGAUGCUGUUGUUGUUGCUGAUGGUGCGGAGGGUCUGUUUGGCGCUAAGUCUUUCACUAGCCAGCCUACCAAGGGUUCCGGUGCGUCGACUUUGUACCCCGCUGGUCGGCCUUUGGAUAUUCUGCUCGAUGCUUUCCGGUUCGGUAAGACUGUUGGUGCGCUGGGUAAGGGCUCUGAUGCUCUGCAGUCUGGACAGAUUUCUUCCGAGCGUGAGGGUGUGUACACUGGCAAGGACGCUGGGGAUGCCUUUGCCAAGGAUAUCAAGGAGGGUCUUAGCACCUUCAAGUUCUUGGAUCGGUUUGCCGUUGACCAAUAG